AUGCUUAAAAUAUAUGCAUAUGCCCCAUACAUAUACAAAUGUACUAAAGUCAAAAAUUUAAAACGAUUUUAUGAUCACACACAAAAUAAAAAUUACUAUGAUGUAAUUCAUUUUUCAAAAGGGCUAUAUCAAUAUAUGUGUAAAUAUCCCCACAAAUUUGAUAAUUCAUUUAUAAGUUUUGCAAAAACACUAUUCAAGGAUAUUUCAAAAGUAAAGAUAGUGGAUGAAGACAAAAGGGAUAUAUGUCUUUUGAUAUUAUUAUAUAUAAAAUGUAAAAAAAAAUGUAAAAAAUUUAUGGUUGGUAAAAAUAUAAUUAAAUAUUUAAGUUGUGUUAUUGAAAAGAAUAUUGAAAACUUUGAUGAGGAUGACCUUUCAACUGUUUUAACAUUUUUAAGUUGCACAACAAAUCAUAAAUUAUAUUCCGAAAAUAAUAUAGGAAAUAAUAUAAAUAAGAAUAAAAUAAAUGUCGAAAUUACAAAAAAAAUAAUAGAGAGGAGUCAAAAUUAUUUAUAUAAUUUUAAACAAAUAAAAAAUUUAUGCAUAUUAUAUAGUUAUUUAUGUAGAGAAAAUAUAAGUAUAGAAUUACAUAAUAAUAUUCUUAAGCGAAUAUUUUCUGAUUUAAAUAAAUGUAAAGGUACUGAUUUAACAAAUAUUAUUUUUAAUUUUUAUCAUAUAAAUAAUUUUUUUUUCAACACUUUUUUAACGAAAAUAUCUGAAUUUAGUGCACACAACGAAAUAGGAAAAAAUGAAGAAUUGGAAAAUUAUAAUGAAGAAUAUGGAAAGAGGGUGUAUAAUUACAAUAACCCGAUUUUAGAUAUUGAAAUAGAAAAAGGGGGGAAUGUAAGUAGUGAUAACAACCAAAAUUGCAAUUUCAGUAAUUUAUUUAAUAUAUACAAUUGUAAUAUAUAUGUAUACAAUUUUAUAAAUAAUUAUAACAAAAUAUUUAUGAAAAUAAAAAUAUCCAAUUUAAUAGAUCAAUGCAAUUUUAUAGACAAUAUUUGGAAAAAUUGUAGACUUUUGUAUGAUUUUUAUAUACAUUUUGAAUAUUAUGUAAAUAGAAAUAUACAUUAUAAAAAAUGUUUGGAAAGUUUGGAAUAUAAGAUAAAACAAAAUGGAUUAAAAAUUAAUACUUUGCAAGGUUUAUUAUAUGGGAAUAUAUUUUGUAGUAAUAAUUUAAAAGUACUUGUACAUAUAUAUAAAAAUGGAAUAAUUUAUCACAAAUAUUAUUUUAAUAAACUUCGUAUUUUUUUGGAAAAAUAUAUUUUAAGGAUAUUAGAAAGCAACCUUGAAAAAGUAGAGUUGGAAAAAAAAAGUGAACAAAAUGAUGAUAAUAAAAAAAUAAUGAAAAUAAAUAAUAAGCAUAUUUAUAUUUUACUAAACGUUUUAUGCCAAAUAAAUAUACAAAGUUAUCGAAUUUUAAAUAUAAUAAUUAAUGAUUUUAAAAAAAAUUAUCAACAUUAUACUCUUAAAGAAAGUUUAUUAUUAUUACAUUUUUGUUUUAAUCAUAAAAAUAUUGAAAUUUAUAAAUAUAUUUAUACACAUAUUAAUAAUAUAAUGAAAGAAAUAAUAAAUUGUAAGAACAUUAUAAUACCAAAUAAUUAUGGUUUGUUAUUUUUUCCACCAUGCCUUUAUUUGGAUAGUAAUGAAAAAAUGUAUAAAAUGUAUAUAAAAGUAUUUUUAAAAUACGCAAAAUAUUAUUUAAAUAAAAACAACGGAAUUCAAAGAUAUAAGUUAAAUGAUGAACUCUUUUUUUUGUGUUUAAGUUACAACAUAUUAAUGUAUAAAAGUGAAAAUAAAAAUUUAUUAACAAAAUUUAAAUUAAAACAGUUAAAAAUAAUUUACGAAUUUCUACACAAAUUUGAAAAUAUAACAAAAAAAAUUAAAGAUAAUAAUUCUUUGUGCUUAAAAGAAAAAACAAAAAAAAAAAACAAAUUAUAUUUUUAUAAUUUUUUUUUCCAGAAAAAUAUAAAAAUAAAUAAUAUACUUAAAUGUGUUGAAAUAUCUAUAAGUCAAAAUGAAAAUAUAUAUAUAAAUUUUAUUAAUUUUUUUAACAUACACAAAAAAUUUUAUUAUGCUUAUAUAGGAUAUGAAAGCUUAUAUUAUAUACCAUCAAUUGUACCCUCAAUAAUAAUCCAAAAUUAA